GCAACAGCAUAGAAAGGCGUGGGCGAUCGUCCUGUACAGGUCCACUUUACAGUAUGGUGAAUAAAGAGUCAGCAGUUUGAGCUGGACUGAUCACUGCGAGCAGAUAGUUAAAGGCACCAUUCCUAACUGAGUCCAGCUAGUGUACAACACCAGUCCACAUUCCACAACCCUUCACAGUGUCUUGAAGAUACAGCUGAAUAAAUGAACAACAUGAAGACCAUCACAAUGGUUAUCCUGCUGCUGGGAGUCCUUAAUGGAGCUUCUGCCUGGGUCUGCUACCAACAUGAUGUUGGCAGUGGUAGCACCACAUGGCAGUUCUGUCCAAGCGGAUCAUGCUUCUCUGUGGGCGCCAGCAUCAUUGGAAUUGGUGAUGGACAGAAAGGCUGUGCUGACAAGGUUUACCCCGCCAUCUGUCAAAAUGGAAACUUUGAAGGUCUUGUUUCAGAACAUGUGUGCUUCUGUAACUCCUUCCUUUGUAACUCCUCCUCCCUGCCCUCCAUCUUCCUGCCCCUCCUGGUGCUGUCAUAUCUCCUGCUGAAGCUCAUGUAAAAUGCUCUAUGAAUAUUUCAGUACUUUGCAGUUAGAAAGUUAGAUACAUAUUACAGUAUUUUGUAGAUCUGAUAACUAAUUGUUUGUUGAUGUGGGCAGCAGAUAGAUAAAAAAACAAAAAAAAUGAAAGAAAAUGGUUUAUUCUAAUUUUGUAUUUGAAAAGUAAUUACUGGUACUCAUGUCAAUGAUAAUAUGUGGAAAAAAGAGGCAUUAUAGCAAAGUACAAGGUGUAGGAAUUUAAGGUCAUGAAAUCAUCUACAGUAAACCCUCCAGUUUGGCGACUAAUUGGUGCCGAAAAACCAUCGCCAAACCAGAGGGCUUAAUCCAAUGGGUAAAAGCCUAAUUGGUACUGAGGGGCCACCCAAAGUCUCAAUUUUUUCUUAUUUUACCCACAUAUAACAUAUAUUUAAUUGCUGAAAGAGAAUGAAUAAUUAGUUAAUCAACAUAAACAUUGAAAACUAACCUUAAAAUUAUAAGUUGAGGAGCUUAAUGUACACUAAGCUGGUAUCUGAGGCUGGGGAAGGAAGGCUAACAUCCGUCACCCCCCUCCUCCACCACUGCCACCACUAGAUCAAAGCCUUCAAAAUAAAAGUCUUUUGUUAAGCUCAGUCAUAUCCCCUGUCUUUCUCUUAUCCUCAAAUGAGUACUUUUUCACUUUCUUCCCAACUCAAUACUCACGAGAAUUUUUCUUCUUUGUUUUUACCCCAUCAUUUGAACUGUCUGGGCGCUCAGACGGUCUUACACCACCACUAUCAUCCCCUCCAAUACCCCAGGUACUUUUGAGGCCAUUAAUCUGCAUGAGAACACCUUGUCAAGCGAGAGUGAAAAAAAAAUGUACACAAAGGCCAAAGUCACUCAAACAAAUGGCUGGAAUGUGGAUUGACGAGGUCAAAAUGGCUACCUCAACAGCUGACUGGCGCUUUGCCAUUUACUCACCCACCGGUAGUAUUAAGCGAGAUUUAUCUUGCACUUAUUAUUCUACAAUUAUUAGUUGCGAUUGCAUUUAAAUUUAAACUUUCACCAAAGGUGAGGGUUUGGUCGGCAAAAUGGGGGGCGGGGUACUUUGACCACCAACUUCGAAUUCGCCAAACAGAAAGCCGCCAAACUUGAGGGUUUACUGUACUGUAUACUAGAACCUUUGUAUAUCAGUUAUACACAAGAGAAAUAUAUUUUGUGCACUCAAGUGAAACUGACAUUUCUGUAUCUUAAUUUAAUUUUUUCAGUUUGUGUAUGAAAUGUAACCUAUGUACAGGUAUACUAAUAUCCUAAGAUAUUUGAAAUGUAAAUUCACUUCUAUUGAUAUUGGUAGAAAAUAAAAAAAGAAGAAUAUG